UAUAUCACAAGGCUACAGGUGCCUUUAUUUCCACUGUACGCUGGUGCUGGGAGCGCCUGCCUUCUCUUGCCUUGAAAGCCUUCCCUUUGGAGCUAGCCACCGCUGUCCUCACGGUGAUGUUGGACUCAGUGACACACAGCACCUUCCUGCCUAACACGUCCUUCUGCGACCCCCUGAUGUCGUGGACCGAUCUGUUCGGCAAUGAAGAGUAUUACCCUGCCUUUGAGCAUCAGACAGCCUGCGACUCUUACUGGACUUCAGUACCCCCGGAAUACUGGACUAAGCGCCACGUGUGGGAGUGGCUCCAGUUCUGCUGUGAUCAGUACAAGCUGGAUACCAGCUGCAUCUCCUUCUGCCACUUCAACAUCAGCGGCCUGCAGCUGUGCAGCAUGACGCAGGAGGAGUUCGUGGAGGCGGCCGGCGUCUGCGGGGAGUACCUGUACUUCAUCCUGCAGAACGUCCGCGCGCAAGGUUACUCCUUUUUUAAUGAUGCUGAAGAGACCAAGGCCACCAUCAAAGAUUAUGCUGACUCCAACUGCUUGAAAACAAGUGGCAUCAAAAGUCAAGAAUGUCACAGUCACAGUCGAACAAGCCUCCAAAGUUCUCAUCUAUGGGAAUUUGUCCGAGACCUGCUUCUGUCUCCUGAGGAAAACUGUGGCAUUCUGGAAUGGGAAGAUAGGGAACAAGGUAUUUUUCGGGUGGUUAAAUCAGAAGCCCUGGCGAAGAUGUGGGGACAAAGGAAGAAAAACGACAGAAUGACCUAUGAAAAGUUGAGCAGAGCCCUGAGAUACUACUACAAAACGGGAAUUUUGGAACGGGUUGACCGAAGGUUAGUGUACAAAUUUGGAAAAAAUGCACAUGGGUGGCAGGAAGACAAGCUAUGAUCGACUCCAGGCAUCAAGCUCACUUUAUGGAUUUCUGUCUUUUAAAGCAACCAGAUUGCAAUAGACGUUUGAAAGUCGUCUUAAAAAAAAAAUGUGCAAACAUGCUGAUAACAUUUGUCCACGUCUCAGCUUACAUUUGGAUUCAAAGUUGUUACUUACUUGGGGUGAUGGCAGUGACCCUUAAGAAAUCCUUCCCCCCCCCACCCAAGGGGAGGAGGGCAUGAUGUUUUAUGGUACCUUGAUCAAACAUUAUUUCCCUAAUCAAGAGUUGCAGAAACACAAUAGCCAGUGUUGUUGGUGCUGAUCAGAGAAAACCGAUUCAAUUUUACCAUUAGAGACCCAUUGAAUACUUCUAUCCAAAGGUUCAGGUGGUGAACUGUGGCAGCUCACGAAAGGGGAAAAAAUGUGAUUAGUUCUGUAGUUUAUAGAAGAGGGUGAGAUGUAAGACAUAGAUACUUAGAUUUUAAAUCAUUACAGUCAAAUUCCAUAGAAAAGUUUCUUCACGAAUAAAAGAGCUAAGCCAUCAAGCUGGGAUAUAAUCAGGUUUAUGAUAAGUUAAUAAUAAGCUUCUUAACCAGAGUAUCUUUUUGACCAUUUAGCAGAACUCCCAUGGCCAUCCUUCCAGAACUAAACACUUAGUCAGCCACACUAUUAGUUGUUGCUGGGUUUAUCUCCCCUCUUCUCCUAAGUGAUGGUUGACAUCACAUGUGCAAAGAGUUAGUCAAUAGAUAUGUAUAUCAACUUCCAAAUCACUAGUGUUUCUAUGAUUCAAACUGUCAACACAAUAAAAUCGUAAUUCAUUGAUUCCGUCUGUGGUCAAGAUGUUAAACCUCUCUAGAACUGGAAAUGUCCCAACCACUCUGUAAUGGCCAAUUAAAUUGUGAGUCUCUUUUUGUCUUCCUACCUGAUGUAUCCUUGAUCGCUAAAACACAUAUUUCCUUGACAAAAAUAGUAACAGUGAAUUUACACCAAUAAAUGUGCAUGGGUUAAAGUCUGCACUGACAUUUUCUCAUUAGUCACUGGUAUGUAAGUAAUUGAUGACUACAACUAGGUGGACUGCCCCUGGGACUUCUUUUUCACCACAGCCAGAAUUGUCAUGUGAGGAGGCCCUGAACCUCUAUACAAGCUGAAGGCCUCCAUAUCUAGAGCUUACUUUCAAAAGUAACUUGUUUUAAAAAAUGUGAA